UUUCAGCUUGUAACAUACAACGUUCAAGAAUCGAGGAAAGCAAGCCUUCAGCCUUCAAGUAUGUCAGCUGAAGGGUUUUGGUUAUUUGACGGUUUGGAAGAAGAGCCAUAUGGCCUUUUACCGCUUGUGAAUUUAUCUGGGAAAGGUGGACCAACAUCCACGAAAUUUGUCGAAAGAAUCGGCUCAUAUCAAUGGUAUUUAAACGACGAGACACCUACCAUCGUUAUGCCUGGUAUGCCUCCGGAAUCUUUCUUCUGGGCAGGCGGCAAACUACAGCAGGACCACGGUGUGGUUAUAUAUGAUGUCAAUCACUUAAAAAUUCCGACUGGUUCGUUAGACGCAGCUAUAUUAGCUGCGCAUCACAUAACAGCAAAGACAAAGAAACCAAUUAAUUUCAACGACUACAAUUUUAUCACCGAUGCUGUAAACUUGCAGAAAUUGUUCGCAUUUGCGCAGGAAGCUGGCGAUGGAUUGUUUCGAAUUGAUGUAGAACGAAUAGGGAAAACCGUUUUAUUAACAAGAAUGGAAGCAUCAGAUCUCAUGGAAAUUGGUCAUGUAACAUUUGAUCAAGCAUUGAAAUGCAAAAUGACAAAAGCAAGGUCAAAGUUCACUACUGGCCCAUUUUUCCAGCUCGUUUCUUAUCAGUUUGGCCAGUUCAAACUGCUGGUACGAUUCGAAGUUGAUUGUGCUGAUUAUGCUGCUGUAGAAAUGCAAAGUAGCGGCGAUCAUUUGGAGAAGGAGGACGAACUGGAACCAAAAAAAGGCGAAGUUUAAUGAAAAAUGACGCAAUUUCAUACAUAGAAUAUGGUGAAGUGCCACGGAAUAUCCCUUUGCAAACUUCUAACAACUUAUCCACAAGGUGCCGGAUUUCCAUUCUUUACGUGGGCACAAAUGUUUUUCACCACUGCAGAUCAGG